UUCUCCGGCUCGCUAAUCAUCUUCUCCGGCUAUCUAAUCAUCAGCGUCACACUCUCUACUCUCAAAAUCGGACACAAAUCACUAUCGAAGCAAAUGAAAGACUUUUGAAUUGUGGGAACACAAAGUUGUUGGAGCAUAAUUCAUCUCAUUGAGGAUAUAAACAAGAUGGGAGAUUCAGUACUUCUAAAACUAGCACUGCCAGAGCUGAAGUAUCCUAUUGGUUCACAGCCAAAGCAAAAGUCAGCAAUCAACCAAUAUUCCGGCUCAGAGUAUAUCUCCAUUGUUGACAGCAUCCUAAAACCAGAUGAGAUGAUAAGAGUCCGAGGAUCAUUUCUGGGACCUAUAAUGAAGCUCAGUGAGAGAGGAUUGAAGUUAUCAGCAAAGAUGGUCUACGCCAUUCUCACUAGAAGCAUCGUUUCUGUCAAGGAGAAUGAAGCCUGGUUCCAUUUCGGUGCGCAGCCAAUGAGGUUCUCUAUAAGAGAAUUUCAUAUGAUGACAGGCUUGAAAUGUAGUGGUGCAUUAGAAGGACCACGAAGGGAAACCGAUAGAUUUAAUUGGGAAUUGCUAAAGGGGCGUAGUCAUAAGUUAAGUGACGUGGUGGAACAGCUCAGAAACACAAGAGAAGAUGCUUCUGAGGAGAGAGUAUGCCUCGCAAUGCUCAUCCUGGUAGAGAGCAUAUUAUUGCGGAAGAGCAAAGGAGGGAGUUUUCCUUUGGAAUAUGCGAAAAAUGCACAGGAUAUGACAUAUCCAUGGGGGAAAGAGGCUUACAUUGUGCUCCUGAAGUCAAUUCAAAACGCUGUCGCGAAUCAUUUGGAGAAUAAAUCCAAAUUUGAGUUGCAAGGUUAUCCUCUAGUAUUCCUUCUUUGGAUACUAGAGUCGAUUCCUUUGCUAAGGAAUAAGUUCAGUAAGUGUGUACCAACAGUUGAGGUUCCUGGGCCGACUUACUUGUGUGAAAAAUACACUGACGUAGAGAAUCCAUCACUUGAUAGGGUUUUACAGGUUGAAGCUGAUACAAAGCUGAAGGUCCAUUGCAUACUACCUUCUAUUCCUCAUGAUCCAGAAGAUGAUAUCUCCAUUGAAGACAAAUAUAGUGACGAGCUGGAAACACUGAAAGAUGUAACAAAGAAAGGGUACAAGCUUACAGCCGAUGACUGGGAAAAUAGGUGUGUAGACACAUUUGAAACAUUGGAUGCUCUUAUUCAAAUGAUGGCAAAUAAGGAGACUGGCCAAGCUUCUACUCCGAUUGAUGAGGAUUCAGUAAAUGAAAAAGUGAACAGGAUCAUUGAGGUAAUGGAGGAGAAUCUGAAGAGCAUGAAGGAUCGAAUGUCAUUACUGGAAGAAGAAAACAUGCAUCUUAGAGCCCGUGUGUCAGAGUUGGAAGGAAACAACAAUGUUUUUCCCACUAACGUGACACAACAGCGAUCCAGUGGGACACCUUUAUCUCCAAUGUCUCACACGCAACCAUCGAGUGAGACGCCUUUAUCUCCAAUGUCUCAACAACCUAAUUUGACACAUGAGGAGACAAUGAUUGAAUCAGCUGCAUCUCCAAAGUCUCAACAAAAUGAGGAUUACACGCAACCAUCGAGUGAGACGCCUUUAUCUCCAAUGUCUCAACAGCCUAAUUUGACACAUGAGGAGACAAUGAUUGAAUCAGCUGCAUCUCCAAAGUCUCAACAAAAUGAGGAUUACACGCAACCAUCGAGUGAGACGCCUUUAUCUCCAAUGUCUCAACAACCUAACUGUAACACCUGA